UCCAGCCUUCCGAUUCUGCUCGGGGGGACCGGCGGAAUUUUACUACAACGCCACCAGACAAGCAUGCAUGAUGCUGACACCUGACGGGCCUGGUCUCUGUAACCGCGGUCGCAAUCGCUUCACGUCCAUGGAGAGCUGUCGGCAACAGUGCGUGGACGGCGACACACUGGCUCCGGAAUGCUACCAGAAGGCUGUGCUGGCGCAAUGCGAGGCACGGGACGUCGUGGACACGUGGUGGUGGUACCUGGAAGGAAAGGGCUGUCGCCACUGGCGGUUUCCUCGGGGUCGUUGCCCGUCCACGGAAGGAAACGUCUUCCCGACGUCCUUGGAGUGCGUCCGCAGAUGCGUCGACGCCAGGGGGAGCCAUGCGCCGUGCAUUGCCCCACAAGGCGUGGCCUGCAACGUCAAGCAGCUGCGCUUCGGCUUCAUUGCAGAGGCGUCUCCGCGUGGUUCCGGAGCCAGGCGCUGCCGCCAGCUGCCUUCCGCCGGCGGCGAAUCCAAACUGCAGCGCUGCCUGGCCGGUGCCAACAAGUUCCCAACGCUGGAGGCAUGCCAGAGGCGCUGUGUGCGCGCUCGUCCAUAGGAAACGCCCGAGCGCGCGCAUUACAGAAGCGUUGUUUUGAAAAUUAAUUGCGCUCAUCUCGUUUCCGCUGCUUAGCGUCCCUCUGUCGUCUCAAUUGGUGCGCUUGUGGUCAUUUGGGUUAGUCAGCGAAAGGUCACGCUGGAAAUGCCUUCAAAUGUACGGCAUUUAGAAGCGCUACGUACGAAUGCAGCAGGCACACCAAUUUCUAGCUUGAACCCAU